AUGAGUGUUCGCGUCGGAGGAGCGGCGAGCGACGAACUGCGCUCAAAGGAGGAUGCAGUCUCUCUCAGUACCGUGUGCGGUGUGGACAAUGCGGGAGCUGUAGCGAGGUCCGGCGGAGACCAGCAGCGGGAGCAGCCCGAGCAGCAGGGACCACCACGCCCGCCGCAACCACUCCAUGCGCCAUCACGCGACUGGUGGCUGCAAUCGAUUCGAUUCAAUUAA